AUGCACUCCGCUGUGUUCCAUUGCUCGUGGGUGCUCGGCGCCGCCUUCUCCGCCGACGGCUCGCACGUGGUCACCUGCUCCUCUGACCAGACCGUGCGCAACUGGGACCUGACGACGGGCGCCUCGGUGCAGACCCUUGCGGACAGCCACUCGGACCAGGCGUGGGGCGUCGCCUUCGACCCGAGCGGCGGCCGCUUCUGCUCAGUGGGCGACGACCGGGCGAUCCGCGUGUUUGAGGCGACCGUGGCGGGGGGCGAGUGA